AUGUCCCAGCUUCUACGCGUUGGGCUUUUGGCUCUGCUGGCCGCCUUGUUGGCACCGCCUGCACUCGUGGAUGCCACCUGCGGCUUUUGCUAUGGCUCGCACACCUGCAUCAACACCACCACCUUCCAGGUGUGCUACGAAAAAAAGCCCGUUCCAUCGUUGACCUUCACCUGCCCGGAGGAAACGCCAAUUUGCACGCAAUACGGCAGCAUUUGUCAGAGGGACUUCGAGCCGGCCUGCCCCUACACCGUGAAAUGUGGAAAAUGCGACGCUGGGCAGAUUUUCGCCUGCACCUCCCUCACCACCUUCGGCGCAUGCCAUGCCGGCAAGCUGUUGCCCGAGCGAAGCAUCUGCCCCAAAGAUUAUUACUGCAGCGUGAAAGGUGCGGCGCUUGGAAAUCCCUGCAAUUUGGUAUGCGAGCCGGACGUGGAAGACUCCUGUGAUCGCGUUGAGGAUGAUAUAGUGACGCCAACACCUACUCCAAGCACUUCAAGUCCAGACCCUACCCCAGACCCUACCUCAGGCUCUACCGCAGACUCUACCGCAGACUCUACCGCAGACUCUACCCCAGACCCUACCGCAGGCUCUACAUCUAACGUCACCUCGCCAACCACCAUCGCCACCACCACAACUACAGCUGAGCCGACCUUUGAUCCGACUGCCUAUUGCCAGGGCAUUCAAAGAAUUGGCAAUUUUGCCAUACCAAACGACACCGUUUGCACCAGCUUCAUCUACUGCUUCUACCGGGGCAAUGUGUGGAACGGCUCCAUACGCAACUGCAAUGCAAAUAAUCCGUACUUCAAUGCCGUCUCCGGCUGUGGUGCAACACGACCGAGCGGCGUGGGUUGUCUGUAAUGAAAUUGCCAUA